AUGGCUGUUGAGACUUCCGAUAAACCAAAUUUACCUCGUGAUUUUGAUGACGAUGAUGAGGCACCUUUAAUUUACAAAAGGUAUUCAACUAAGAAAAAUCAAUCACAUUCAGAAGCAAGGAAGUCAAGUUCUCACACUCUUGAUGGACAGUCAUAUAGACAGAUGCCUAAUGCACCUUCUUCGAAUGGCCAAACUUCUAGCGUGCAGAAAGGUAAUACUGCCCCAUCUCUAAAGCCAUCAACCAUGAAGCCUUCUGUAGGUAUCUCCAAAGCUUCAAAUUCCGUCGUCAACACCUCCUCUGUGAAGUUGCCUGUAGCAAAUUCAAAAUCACCUUCAUUGGCAGAUAAACAGAAAAUGUCCAUUGAUGUCAAGGUGGAACCAGAAUCUAUUGAACGCGGUGGUAAAAUUUUGUGUGAAGAUUCAGAAGAUGAUGACGAUGAUAAACCGUUGAGUUGUAGGUUGAAGAAUUCUAACUAUGACAAGAAAGUGAUGUCUGUUGUCAAGAAAUCUAGUGAAGAAUCUGAAGAUGAUGAUAAUGUCCCUUUGUCAAAAAAGCUACCCGGUACUUUCAAUUUGGGAACAACUAGCACUAACCAUGACGACUCAGAUCAGAAGAAGCCUAUUUCUAAAAUUCAGAAAGAGCGGGAAAAUGGUUCUGGCAUGAGGAAUAAACAGGAUAGGCCAUCUCCAAUGCCAGCUAAGAGACCACUAGAUAAUAGUAAUUCCUUGCAACCUUCUGUUAAGAAGUCAAAGGUCUCAGUUCCUGAUGCAUCUAUCAAAACUAAGCCAGUCUCUGAGAAACGUGAAAUGAAGCUAGAGGAUGAUGAUGAUAAUGUUCCUAUUUCCCAGAGAAUAAAGAAACAAGCCAUGUCAGGUGAUAAAUCAUCUUCCACGAAGAAAGUGUCAGCAAAGGUUACUAAAGUUAAUAAGUCUAGUUCAAAACCUUUCAAGAAACAGACCAAGAAGACAGUUAAAAAAUCAGGCAGUGGUUCAGAAUAUUCCAAAUCUACCAAACUUCUUCCUAGCUCUGGUGAUGGGCAGAAAAAGUGGACCACUUUGGUUCACAAUGGUGUCAUUUUCCCCCCUCCAUACCAGCGGCAUGGGAUAAAGAUGCUCUUUAAGGGGAGACCAGUUGAUUUGACUCCUGAGCAAGAGGAGGUUGCCACGAUGUAUGCAGUGAUGCGAGAUACUGAGUACAUGCAGAAAGAUAAGUUCAAGGAUAAUUUCUGGAAUGACUGGCGAAAGCUGCUCGGAAGAAAUCAUGUAAUCCAGAACUUGAAAGAUUGUGAUUUUACUCCAAUAUAUGACUGGUACCAAAGUGAGAAGGAAAAGAAGAAGCAAAUGACCACCGAAGAGAAGAAAACUUUGAAGGAAGAGAAAAUGAAACAAGAGGAGAAAUACAUGUGGGCUAUUGUCGAUGGUGUUAAAGAGAAGGUUGGGAAUUUUAGAGUUGAACCACCAGGUUUGUUCCGAGGCCGGGGAGAGCACCCCAAGAUGGGAAAAUUGAAAAGACGCAUUCGUCCAGGUGACAUCACAAUUAAUAUUGGAAAGGAUGCCCCAAUUCCGGAAUGUCCUAUUCCUGGUGAAAAGUGGAAGGAGAUAAGACAUGAUAAUACAGUUACUUGGUUAGCCUAUUGGAGUGACCCUAUAAAUCCAAAGUUAUUCAAAUAUGUGUUUCUGGCUGCUAGUAGUUCCUUGAAGGGUCAAAGUGAUAAGGAAAAGUAUGAGAAAGCUAGGAUGUUAAAGGAUUAUAUAGGGAAUAUUAGGUCUGCAUACACAAAAGAUUUUAACAAUAAAGAUAUUACGAAGCUGCAAAUUGCUGUUGCUACUUAUCUUAUUGAUAAACUAGCUCUGAGGGCUGGUAAUGAGAAGGAUGAUGAUGAAGCUGAUACUGUUGGUUGCUGCACAUUGAAAGUAGAGAAUGUGACAAGAGAACCCCCCAACAAACUCAAGUUUAACUUCCUUGGUAAAGAUUCUAUCAAGUAUGAAAAUACAGUUGAGGUUGAGCUUCCUGUAUAUAAUGCAAUCUUGAAGUUACAAAAAGAUAAACGACCUGGUGAUGAUCUUUUUGAUAAGCUGGAUACAAGUAAAUUAAAUGCUCAUCUGAAGGAACUCAUGCCUGGUCUAACCGCAAAAGUCUUCCGUACAUUCAAUGCAUCAAUCACAUUGGAUAAUAUGUUAAAUAAGGAAACUAAAGAUGGAGAUGUUGGGGAAAAGAUUGUUGUUUAUCAGCAUGCAAAUAAACAGGUUGCUAUCAUUUGCAAUCAUCAACGCAGUGUUUCAAAAUCUCAUGAUGCACAAAUGUCAAAGUUAACUGAAAAAAUUGAUGAACUUCAGGCUGUUCUGAAGGAGCUGAAAACGGAUUUAGACAGGGCAAGGAAAGGAAAGCCCCCUUCAAAGAGUUCAGAUGGAAAGACAAAGAAGAACUUGACUCCUGAAGUGCUAGAGAAAAAGAUAUCUCAAACCAAUGCGAAAAUUGAGAAAAUGCAACGUGAUAUGAAGACAAAAGAAGAUUUGAAAACUGUGGCAUUAGGCACAUCCAAGAUAAACUACCUUGACCCUAGGAUUACGGUUGCCUGGUGCAAGCGGCAUGAAGUUCCGAUUGAAAAGAUUUUCAACAAGUCUCUGCUGGCGAAGUUCUGCUGGGCAAUGGAUGUGGAUCCUGACUUCAGAUUCUGA